CAGAGUUUUUUUCGCUACUAUCGUAUAAAUCGUUAAUAUGAGUCGGUUUGUGGCCAACGGUUGGCGUCAAUUGACCGCUAGUGUCAAUUCGGUUGUCGACAAAUACAGGACAACCGUUUUUGGAUUGCGGCUAAUCUCCCGGCGCCGUUACGACCAAUAUUUCGGCUAUUUUUCGGUAACCACUUGUAUGUUGACCACUGGUCUCUAUGUAUCGUACAAUACUGUAUUGGUUGACAAAUACCGAUCUAUUUUCCAGUCCUAUAGAGGCCAAGAAAAUACACCGCUAAACGAAUCGGUGGCCAAAUUAGCCGAAACAGUUUGGCAGGAAUACAAUGAACGACUGGGCGGCCGUCGGACAUCGGAUUCGGUUCGGUUUUUUGCAUCGGUCGGAUCGCAACCCAUAAGUAUCGGUACAUUGACUACCGGUGCAUGGAUUGGUCUACCAUUUACUCUGAGCUACGCCACCGUCGACGACGUCAAGACUGUUGAUCUGAGAUUUUUCGGCCAACACGAUCCGUACAUCAAGUGGCGAUCGCCGGCCGGCCAAGCAUUUAUCCAGUCGCUAGUAUUGUCCGAUCGGGCCAAAAAGUACGCUGUUGGCCAUCAAAUCUUAGUGGCCAACAACGCUAAUCUGGCAUUGAAUGCACUAAAUGUUACAACGGCUACGGCCGUAGCUGUAGGCCUGCCCUAUAUGAUCAUUACGCGUACCAAACUAUUUACCGCAGUUCAGCAUCGAUUCAUUGUGACAGCCAUAUCGCUGGUCAUUGGCUACUAUUUGUGGUCAGUAGUCAAUCAGUUGGUCAACUAUACGGCCAGUAGUCGGGCCGACAAACAUAUAGUUAGUUUAGGUGAUGAUGACUAUAUUGACGGUGCCAUUGAAUUUCUGGAGAAAUUAAUGACCAGAAAUGCAGCCUUUAAUGUCUUAACCGAAGACCUGCCUUCGUGGCGAAUGUUUACCGAUGACGGAGAGGUCAAAGGUUUGUUGACAUCCAAGUUGUUGACAAUUGAGAGGCGAAUCAAUUAUUUGAAAUCAUUUAAACAGAAUAAUAAUAAUAAUAAUACAAAU